GGAAUGAAGAGAUUGUCAAUAUAGAUUCUUUCGGUGGAAUGGAUCAGAUCAGGAACCUAAUCCUAUCAAAUUCUCAAGAAACGCUUCCAAACCACGAAAUCAAACGAUCUAUAAAAUUUAGUUCCUUUGUUAUUUCGUUUUUCUACUGCAGCAUUUGUGGUGACUUUACUUUGAAAGCGCAGAUUCAGGUUGUUGCUAAUAAUAGCCAUUUAGAGUUAAAAAAACGUAAAAAGGAUAUAGUUCAACAGCUUAUAAAGCACUGUGAUAUUCGUAACGCUAUUCAAAAGUUAGUGCGAAGGCUGCAAGAAAACCUAUAUACAGAAGAUAAAGAUAAGAUAGAAAUUGCUAAAAUAUUUUUACUCGAACAAAUUGGUGACGGCUGUAAUGCAGUAAAAUUGCUACUCCUUGGAAUACCUCUUAUUCAUUGUGUUUUCCUUUUAGUAUACCUAGAAGUGGUUGUAUGGCAUUACACAUUCAACUCCUCAGAGUGGUUUUAUUAUAAAGCUGCGAUUUUUACAUGGUACAUACCAUGCACAAUUUUUCUUUGUGCUAUAUGGGAUAGCAGGAUUAGCCGAGAUUCGAGCUUGGUUCGGUGCCAAAAGAUGUGGAAAUGGAUUAAUGAAAGAGCACAAGAAAUUGAAACUAAUGAAGUGUGA